AUGAGAGUUAAGAGUCUGCUUCCCUUGGGAGCCCUUACCGCAAGGACAACCGCCCAAGACAGCAACGCCAUCUUCGAACCCAAGACUUCAACGUCACUGCAGCCCUCGAAAAAAUCGUGCACAGCCCUAUCUAUACUUUUCGGUCCCGAUCAAGUUCUACCUGAAAACGCAACUGCGUACAACAACUUUACAAGCUCAUACUGGUCAGUCCAACAAGGCGCACUUCGUCCCUCAUGCGUAUUUAAGCCCAAGUCGACGCUAGAUGUGUCUACUGUAGUUCUCGUCUCAAGAUUGUACCAGUGCUCCUUCGCGGUGAAAGGUGGCGGCCACGCAGCGUGGGCUGGGGCUUCUAGUAUUCAAGAUGGUAUCACUGUUUCAAUGGAGAAUUUCAGGAAAGUAGAAGUAGCGUCGGAUAAGCAGAGCGUGGAUAUUGGACCGGGGCUUCGCUGGAUAGAUGUGUAUACUGCGAUUGAAAAAGACGGGCUUAGUGUUGCAGGAGGUCGGAUGGCACCAGUCGGCGUGCCUGGUCUUCUUCUAGGAGGGGGAAUUUCUCAUUUCGCCAGCAAGCGCGGUUGGGCUUGCGACAAUGUAGCAAGUUUCGAGCUGGUGACUGCCUCGGGCAUUCCCAUUGAUAUCAGCAUAUCAUCCUACCCUGAUUUAUAUUGGGCGUUGAGAGGCGGAGGCAACAACUUUGGAAUUGUGACAAAUUUCAAGCUAGACGCUUUCCCGCUGAGCGACAUGUGGGGAGGUCAGCGCGUCUACUUGGAGAACUCUUUUCCCGCUGUUCUCGAUGCGAUUCACGAAUUCACCGUGAGGGGAUCGGUCAAGGAUGAAGAUGCUGCACAGAUUGUUACAUUCGCCAGCGCCCCAGGCAUCAGCAAAGUCGCCUUCGCAAACUUGCACUACGCCAAACCAAUUGUCAAUGCCCCAGUCUUUUCUAGCUGGGACAACAUCACCGCCAUCCAGGACACCACCGGUCUCCGCCCAAUGUCAGGAAUGGCCAAUCUUCUCAACGAAGGGGCUCCCGGACCAGGCGCCUACCAAACAUGGUGGGGAAUCAGCCUGAGGAUGGACAGACAAUUACUCGAUUUCAUAAUCGAUACAUUCUACACCCAAGAAGCCGCCAUCGCCGACGUGGAAAAGAUGCUGCUCAUCAUGGCCAUCCAGCCCAUUACCAAAAGCGCAAUCAAAGCCAUGCAAAAGAACGGCGGAAACGCCCUGGCCAUCGAUGCCUCCAACGGUCCUUACUUGAUUCUAAAUUUCAACGCUGCCUGGACCAAACCCAAAUACGAACCAAGAUUCCACGCCGUCAUUGCCAAUAAAAUCAAGCUCAUCAAAGCCGAGGCCCACAAGCGAAACCUAGACAACCACUUUGUGUACUUGAACUAUGCGUCAGAGUUCCAGGAUCCGAUUGCAAGUUAUGCCAAGGAGAAUAAAGAGAGACUGAUACGGAUAUCGAGGAAACAUGAUCCUAAGCACGUGUUUCAGUAUUUGCAGCCUGGUGGGUUUAAAUUGGUCAAGGGGGGGGGGGCGCCGGAUGGGAAUAUGCUGAGUGUAGUGUGA